GCGCAGUAGGUAGUUGUAGUCUCCAUCGCUGGGCGCCAUAGCCAGUUAGUACUAGAGAGAGAGAGAGAGAGAGAGAGCUUGGGCGGAGGCCAGAUGUACCUACCUGCAGAGCCGUUGCUCCAGCUUCGUCUUCGAGGUACCUGCAGCACAGCGCCAACAUCACAGGCGUGGUUGGACAACUUGUUGUCCAAGUACGGAGUGGUAGCAGCGAACUUGCACACCAUGAUCAGCUGGGAUGAUCUGAAGACGGCGUGGCACAAGCGGUUCCAGGUGGAGCCGCCAGAGAUCAAAGCCAUGGACAAGCUUAUGGUCUUCGAGCAAGGCUCACUGCCGAGUACGGACUGGAUCGCCGAGUACCAACGCUUGACGUCAAUCCCAGACAUCCAGAUGGGCUUCAAGGCCAUCCGCCACUAUUUCAUCUCAAGGUCAUGUCCGGCAUUGAGCAAUGCCCUGACGCAUGUCGAGGACACCUUGACGACGACAACGGAACUAUUCGACAAGGCUGCGCAGAUCAUCGUUACGAACAAGGAGGCCAAGAACCUCCGUUCUUCUGCAUCAGGACCGAGCGGGAACCAGCAUCGGCCACGAGUGGCCGUGGUCGCAGCGGCAGUGCCGUUAGACCAAACCAGCGAGGCUGCGUUUGCCAGUGAAGGAGACAGAUUUCUCAACGCGCAAACCGUCAAGAAUGCGGGGCCCCUUCCUCGCAUCGACGAUCUUCUCGAGCGGCUGGGCGGUGCGAAGUAUUUUUCCAAGUUGGAUUUGAAAUCAGGAUAUCAUCAAAUCUCGAUUCAGCCGAAUGAUCGCUAUAAAACCGCAUUUAAGAUGCGGUACGGGCAUUUUGAGUGGGUGGUCAUGCCUUUUGGCCUCACCAACGCCCCGGCAACAUUCCAAGCGACGAUGACCAAUGAGUUUCGUGCAAUGUUGGACCGGUUCGUGCUGGUCUACUUAGACGAUAUUCUCGUCUACAGCCGGACAUUGGAGGAUCAUCUUGGACAUCUUCGACGGGUGUUGGAGACGCUCCGUCGUGCCAAGUACAAGGCCAAACGUGACAAGUGCGAAUUUGUCCGGCAAGAGCUGGAAUACUUGGGCCAUUUUGUCACACCGGAGGGCAUCAGUCCGCUAUCGGACAAGAUUCAGGCCAUCCAAGAGUGGUCGGAGCCUCGGAACGUAACGGAUGUUCGCUCGUUCCUCGGUCUUACCGGCUACUAUCAGCGCUUCAUCAAAGGCUACUCCAAGCUCGCGGCCCACUUAAACAAGCUUCAGUGCGAGGAUCGGCCGUUUGACUUUGGAGAGGAGGAGCGGGGAUCAUUCCUCCCUCUCAAAGCCGCGCUAUGGAUGUCCUGGAAAGACAGACUACUCUGACCCUAUCAGCUUACCCUAAUAACUUUGACCAAUCAAAAGUUUGUAUUGCAACAGAAAAGUAUGGCAAGUGGUAACAAAUACGUCAAAUAGUU